GACGUUAGACUUGAGGUUGGUGUUGAGGAGAAUAACCACCAUGACCUCCAGUGCUUUGAUGAAACCUCAGAUGCGAGGCCUUCUGGCCAAGCGUCUGCGAUUUCAUAUUGUUAGAGCGUUCGCUGUAUCCCUGGGGGUUACAGCUUUCUAUAAGUUUGCUGUGGCUGAACCCAGAAAGAAGGCAUAUGCAGAUUUCUACAGAAAUUAUGAUUCCAUUAAAGAUUUCGAGGAGAUGAAGAAGGCUGGUAUCUUUCAGAGUGCAAAGUGAUUUUGGAAUGUAAAGAAUUUCUUUGGGUUGAGUUCCAUUGAAGUUUGUCACUGACCUGUGUUCCUGAACUAUGAAACACAAAUAUUGGGUUAUGGAAUAGUUUGUCUUAAUAAAUAAACAACUAA